UCAGCAAAGAAGACAGAGAGAGAUUCGGGAGAUUAAUCAGAGUCCCACGGGUGCUGCAGCUUCAAGUCUAUUGAAAGGGGGGUAGAGAGAGCGUAUGAACUGCACCCUGAAAAAAACUACGGUGGUUUCUGCUUCCUCAAGAUCUGGCUCUAGGCCAAAUGCUCCGAGAAAGUAUGAUGUAUUUGUAAGUUUUAGAGGCGAUACCCGCAACAACAUCACCAGCCAUCUUCAUGCUGCUCUCAAACGAGAAUUCAUUUUGUCCUUUCGUGACGAUAAGCAAAUAGAGAAAGGUAAUGAAAUCACACCAUCGCUGAUCCAAGCAAUCAAGGAUUCCAGCGUAUCUAUAAUAGUCUUCUCAAAAGACUAUGCUUCCUCAAGAUGGUGCCUGGAUGAACUCGCCCAAAUCAUGCAGUGCAGAAAGGAUGAGGGCCAGUUUGUUAUCCCCAUCUUCUACAAAGUUGACCCCUCACAUGUUCGAAAGCAGACCGGAGUUUAUGAGAAGGCAUUUGAACAACAUGAGAAAGAUUUCAUGAAUAACCCAGAAAGGGUGAAUAGAUGGAAAGCAGCUCUUUCUGAAGCUGGCUAUUUAAGCGGCAGGCACUACCAUGACUUCACGGAUGAAUCCAAUUUAAUUCAAGAAAUUAUCACUGAUAUUAGCACGAAACUAGAACAAAUACAUAAUCGUGGACAAACAUUAAAAGAUGUGGUUGGAAUGGAUGAAAUGAUCGAACCCAUUGAAGAGUUACUAGGAAAAUUUCAAAGAGUUGGAAUUUGGGGGAUGGGCGGUGUAGGGAAGACCACAAUGGCAAAUGCUGUAUUUGCCAAAUUAUCUUCUCGGUAUGACAAUUGCUGCUUCUUGGAAAAUAUUAGGGGAAAAACAGAAAAACUUGGAUUGGAAAGUGUUUGUAGCUCUCUUGUCUCGGAGCUGCUAGGGCAAGAUAUGCCAAGUAACACGUCAAAUGUUUUAAGAAAUGCCUUUGUUGCCAGAAGGCUCGGUAGGCAAAAAGCUAUGGUUGUGCUUGAUGAUAUUGAUAGUUUUGACCAAUUUGAGGGUUUGCAGGAAAACAUAUGUAAUUUCUUAGGAGAAGGCAGUAAAGUUAUUAUAACAACAAGAAAUAGGAAAUUGCUUCAGGGAAAAGGUUAUGAAAUACUUGAGGCCAAGGGAUUGAGUUAUCACAAUUCGCGUCAACUUUUCAUCCGCAAGGCCUUUGGAUCAGACUAUCCAGAACACGGAUAUGAACAGCUCAUAGAAGGGUUUGUAGAAUAUACUCGGCACAAUCCCUUGGCUUUAACAGUUCUGGGUUCAUAUGUUCACUCUGAAGAUAAAAGGUUAUGGGAUGGUGUGUUGACAAAACUACGAGCAAGGAGUCCAAAUGACGAAAUUCAAAAGGUGUUGAGAUUGAGUUAUGAUGGAUUAGCCUAUGAAGAGAAGCAAACUUUCCUAGACAUUGCAUGUUUCUUAAAGGGUGAAAAUGAAGCAUUUGUAGAAGAGCUAUUAAAGAGCUAUGAAUUCCAUCCAACUGUUGGCAUGCAAAACCUUAAAGAUAAGGCUCUGAUUGUCACAACCAAUGGAAAAGUUGAGAUGCAUGACUUAAUACAGGAAAUGGGCUUACAAAUUGUUCGUGAAGAGAAUAUCAGUGAACCUGGAAAAAGGAGUAGAUUAUGGGAUCCUAGCGAAAUCUAUGAUGUAUUGAAAAAUUGUGAGAUGAAUUGGGUAUUGCAGCAGGUCUUGAGUCAAUUUCUACCAAAAUAAGGUACUUCCACUGGGCAGGAUACCCAGGAAAGUCCUUGCCAUCAAAUUUUUGUGCUGAGCUUCUUCUUGAACUUAACUUGGAAUGGAGCCGGGU